CUUUUCUCCUCCGAAAGUUUUCCACCCUGUUCAGCUCAUGGAAGGAACUAAUCUGGAACUUCUAUGACUUUCCAGGAAGGUAUUCCCGUGCCCUUUGAUCUCCCGGAGCCUUCCCCGGGGACCACGGUGGCUGUGGUGGACCAGAACCCUUCCCAGGUCCGCUUACCAGCCGUUGGAGGUGCAGAGGACGCCAGGGGCCUUUUCUGGCUCUUGGACGAGGAGGUCCGGGUGGAGGGUUCCAGUGAUAGCGUGGUGCUCGAGCGUCUCCGUGCGGCCUUUGAGAAGAAAGGCGCUGGGGCCGAAGGGACCUCUGCCCUCCGGUCCUGUGAGCAGCCCCUCCAGUUCGAGAUCUUCCACCAGCUGGGACAGGACCCCGUGCGCUACGACCUCAUGGGCUGGCUCCACAGAGCCAAGCCCAACCUCUCGGCCCUGGACGCCCCGCAGGUGCUGCAGCAGUCAAAAAGGGAGGAGGUGAGGAGCCUGUUCCAGCCCCGGGCCAAGCUGCCCCCCGUGUGCCGGGCCGUGGCCGGCCUGGAGGGUACUUCCCAGCAGGCCCUGCAGAGGAGCUGCGCAGUGAGGAGGGCGUUUGCCAGCAGCUUUGCUGCCGUGAAGAGGAAAGCCCCGUGCUCCCAGAUCAAGCUACAGAUGGAUGCGCUGACCAGCGUGAUCAGACGGUCUCAGAUACACUUCAUCCACUGCCUUGUGCCGGGCCCGGCGGUGAAGAGCAGGGGCGGGCAGGGGUCUCUGACCCCAGCGCAGCCCGGCGGAGAUAAGUCGGGGACAGGCGGGCCUCUGUCCUUGGACAUCCCGGCGUUGAGGGUGCAGCUUGCGGGGUCCCACAUCCUGGAGGCACUGCGUCUGCACAGGACAGGCUAUGCUGACCACAUGGGGCUCGCUCAGUUUCGCCGGCGAUUCCAGGUGCUGGACCCUCUCCUCAUGAAUAAGCUCACGUUGGCCUCCGAGGGAAUAGACGAGAGGAAGGUAUGUUAUCCUGUCUAG